UGGGGAGGGGGUGGCCCGCGGCAAUGUGGUCUUGAGGCGGCCGGCGCUAGGAGCGCGUCUCCAAGACCCCCAGCCUGCCCGACCCCGCCAGCGCCCUGAGGCCGCCCGGUGGGCCCACCAUGUUCUCCAGGAAGAAACGCGAGCUCAUGAAAACCCCUUCCAUCUCCAAAAAGAACCGGGCGGGAAGCCCCAGCCCGCAGCCCUCCGGGGAGCUUCCCAAGAAGGACGGGGCGGACAUGGCGGUGCCUGGGCAGAGCCUGGAGCCACCAGCUGUGUCCUCAGGUGCCAAGGCCACAGGCACGCUCAAGCGGCCCACCAGCCUGAGCCGCCACGCCAGUGCUGCUGGCUUCCCGCUCUCCGGUGCUGCCUCCUGGACACUGGGCAGGGGCUACCGAAGCCCUCUGACAGCUGCCAGCCCUGCUGAGCUGCCUGCAGAGGGGCCUGGCCCUGACGCGGUGGAGGACAUCUCAAACCUACUGGCCGACGUGGCCCGCUUCGCCGAGGGCCUUGAAAAACUCAAGCAGUGUGUCCUGCACGAUGCAGACCUCCUUGAGGCCCGCCGGCCGCUGGCCCACGAGUGCCUGGGCGAGGCCCUACGUGUGAUGCGCCAGGUCAUCUCCAAGUACCCACUGCUGAACACCGUGGAGACACUCACCGCUGCCGGCACCCUCAUCGCCAAGGUCAAAGCCUUCCAUUACGAAUGCAACGGUGAGUCGGACAAGAGGGAGUUCGAGAAGGCUCUGGAGACCAUGGCUGUGUCCUUCAGUAGCACCGUGUCCGAGUUCCUCAUGGGCGAAGUGGACAGCAGCACACUCCUGGCAGUGCCCCCUGGGGACCCCAGCCAGUCCAUGGAGAACCUGUAUGGACAGGGCAGUGAGGGCCCCCAGCCCAGCGCUGAGGACUGUGAGGAAGGCUGCCCGCCUCCCGAGGAAGUGGACGUGCUGCUGCAGCGCUGUGAGGGCGGGGUGGAUGCGGCGCUGCACUACGCCAAGAGUAUGGCCAAGUACAUGAAGGACCUCACGGGCUACCUGGAGAAGCGCACGGCUCUGGAGAUGGAGUUUUCCAAAGGCCUGCAGAAGAUCGUGCACCACUGCAGACAGAGCGUCAUGCAUGAGCCCCAUAUGCCCCUCCUGUCCAUCUACUCGCUGGCCCUGGAGCAGGACCUGGAGUUCGGCCACGGCAUGGUGCAGGCAGUGGGCACGCUGCAGACCCAGACCUUCAUACAGCCCCUGACCCUGCGGCGGCUGGAGCACGAGCGGCGCAGGAAGGAGAUCAAGGAGUCCUGGCACCGCGCACAGCGGAAGCUGCAGGAGGCGGAGGCCAACCUACGCAAGGCCAAGCAGGGCUACGUGCAGCGCUGUGAGGACCACGACAAGGCCCGCUUCCUGGUGGCCAAGGCGGAGGAGGAGCAGGCCAGCGCGGGGCCUGGGGCGGGCAGUGCAGCCUCCAAGGCCCUGGACAAGCGGCGGCGGCUGGAGGAGGAAGCCAAGAACAAGGCGGAGGAAGCCAUGGCCACCUAUCGCACCUGCGUGGCGGACGCCAAGACUCAGAAGCAGGAGCUGGAAGACACCAAGGUGACCGCUCUGCGGCAGAUCCAGGAGGUCAUCCGGCAGAGCGACCAGACCAUCAAGUCGGCCACCAUCUCCUACUACCAGAUGAUGCACAUGCAGACCGCCCCGCUGCCCGUGCACUUCCAGAUGCUGUGCGAGAGCAGCAAGCUCUACGACCCCGGCCAGCAGUACGCCUCCCACGUGCGCCAGCUGCAGCGCGGCGAGGAGCCCGACGUGCGCUACGACUUCGAGCCCCACGUCUCCUCCAGCUCCUGGUCUCCGAUCAUGCGUGCCCGGAAGGGCAGCUUCAAUGUGGGGGAUGCAGUGGGGGCAGAGGCCACCAGCAGCCCCCCAGAAGAAGGUGGUUCCAGUGAGGGGGCACCUGCCAAGGAACCCAGGGGGGCACGGGGACACCAGGCACACAAGUCCUGGCCCAUCUCCAUCUCUGAUGCCGACAGGAGUUUGGACUCCAGCCCUGGCUCAGAGGACUUCAAGAAGUUUGAACGGAUGUCAUCCAGUGGCACCAUGUCACCCAGUGAGGAGUUGGUGGGCCAGGAGGCUGGCACAGAGGCGUCUGCCUUUGAGCAGGCUGACCUCAAUGGCAUGGCUCCCGAGCUGCCCGUGGCUGUGCCCAGUGGGCCUUUUCGCAACGUGGGGCUGUCCAAGGCAGCCCGGACCCACCGACUGCGGAAGCUCCGCACACCUGCCAAGUGCAGGGAGUGCAACAGCUAUGUGUACUUCCAAGGAGCCGAGUGUGAGGAGUGCUGCCUCGCCUGCCACAAGAAGUGCCUGGAGACCCUGGCCAUCCAGUGCGGCCACAAGAAGCUGCAGGGCCGCCUGCAGCUCUUUGGCCAGGACUUCGGCCAGGCAGCCCGCCACACCCCGGAUGGAGUGCCUUUCAUCGUCAAGAAGUGCGUCUGCGAGAUCGAAAGGCGCGCGCUGCGCACCAAGGGCAUCUACCGGGUCAAUGGGGUGAAGACGCGCGUGGAGAAGCUGUGCCAGGCCUUCGAGACCGGCAAGGAACUGGUGGAGCUGUCACAGGCCUUACCCCACGACAUCAGCAACGUCCUCAAGCUCUACCUGCGCCAGCUGCCUGAGCCUCUCAUCACCUUCCGCCUAUACCACGAGCUUGUGGGGCUGGCCAAAGACAGCCUGAAGGCGGAGGCAGAGGCCAAGGCGGCGUCCCGGGGCCGGCAGGAUGGGUGUGAGAGCGAGGUGGCAGCUACGGUUAUGGUGGGCCGCCUGCGGGAGCUCCUGCGGGACCUGCCGCCGGAGAACCGGGCCACGCUGCAGUACCUGCUGAGACACCUGCGCAGGAUAGUGGAGGUGGAACAGGACAACAAGAUGACUCCAGGAAACCUGGGCAUUGUGUUUGGGCCAACACUGCUGCGACCCAGACCCACAGAGGCCACCAUCUCCCUCUCCUCGCUGGUGGACUAUCCCCACCAGGCCCGUGUCAUCGAGACCCUCAUUGUCCACUAUAGCCUGGUCUUCGAGGAGGAGACCGAGGAGCAGGCACCAGGGUGCCAGGAUGGACCUCCCAGUCAGCGGGCUGAGGUGGUGGUCCCCAUGCCCUACCUUGAAGCUGGAGAGGAGUCUGCCUGUGCCCUGCGGGAGGAGGCCGAGGACGGCAGCCGAGAAUCCCGAGUUGCAUCCAACGAUUCUGACUCAGAGCUGGAGGAGGCCUCGGACCCCUUGUCGUCAUCGGACGCUAGCGCCCUGCACCGCCUCAGCUUCCUGGACAAGGAGGGCGAAGCCAGCCUGGAGGAGAGUCCCCGAAGCCGCAGCGGCAGUGAGGGCCAGCUGGGGGAGGAGGACGAGGAGGACCAGGUGCAGCGGCUCUCAGCCUACAACACCAACCAGUCCAACAACGUGGCACCAGCCCAGCUGCCCACUACGAGACUCCGCGGCUGGAGGGAGGCAGCAGGCACCUGGGAGUCAUGGCCAGAGUUUGUCUGAGUGGGGCAGUGGGCAGGAACCGAUGCCAGCGUCUCUCCCCCUGGCCUUUGCCUCUCGGGGCCACCUGGGUCUCGGGGCUCAGCCAGUCACGCAGGUCGGGUCAUGGGUGAGAGUGGCUGAACCGCCGGCUGGCACAGCGGCAGCCUCCAUAACCAGGCAGGUCCCAGCUCAGCUGGACUGGAGAUCUUUGCUCAGGUGACGCCGCCUGGUCUUUGGUUGGACCUGACUCUGUAGAUGGAGCAGCCCUGCCUCUGAGUCCUCGAGACGUAGCCCUGUACCCAGUUCUGCUCGUGGGCACUGUGGAACUGGAGUAGAGGCCAGCACUGACGCGAGACCCAGGCUGGGGUCAGGAGGUCAGGCUCUGGCUUUGAUUUGAUCACUUUUCCAGAAAGCGGCAGACACCUAGAUCUAGGCACAGUGUAGUCUCUCGCAGUCACCAUGCAGUUCUUCAAAAUGUACACCUGUUUUGCUUAAAAUAAACUUUUACCUGGUA